CAUCAGUGUAGCAGCAGCACAGUUCUGAGGAACUAGCACAGCCACCAUCAGCAUGGGCAGGAUCAUCUUCUACGAGGACAGGAACUUCCAGGGCCGCUCCUAUGAGACCAGCAGCGACUGCUCCGACAUGUCCUCCUACCUGAGCAGGUGUCACUCCUGCAGGGUGGAGAGCGGCUGCUUCAUGGUCUACGACCGGCCCAACUACAUGGGCAACCAGUACUUCAUGAGGAGGGGCGAGUACGCCGACUACAUGAGCAUGAUGGGCAUGAGAGACUGCAUCAGGUCCUGCAGGAUGAUCCCCAUGUACAGAGGAUCCUACAGGAUGAGGAUCUACGAGAGGGAGAACUUUGGAGGUCAGAUGUACGAGCUGAUGGACGACUGCGACAACAUCAUGGACCGCUACCGCAUGUCCGACUGCAUGUCCUGCCACGUGAUGGACGGACACUGGCUGAUGUACGAGCAGCCCCACUACAGAGGCAGGAUGAUGUACCUGAGGCCCGGGGAGUACAGGAGCUUCAGGGAGAUGGGCAUGAGCGGCAUGAGGUUCAUGAGCAUGAGGCGCAUCAUGGACAUGUGAAAACAGAAAUAAAUAAAUAAGCCAAAACCAAA